AUGCAAGUGAAAGGGAAAAUUGUGCCCAUGACUAAAACUUUUAAAUUAACUAGUAGUUUAAUCCCACCAGAAAAUGUUGAUCAUUGCCAUAUUAUACCUUUGUCAUGCUUCUGCACUCCUGAUUUGCUAUGCACUGUAUGGCCAAUUGUCAUCCCUUGCUCUCUCAGCCUAAGUAUCUCCACUAACAUCUCCCUAAAGCUAAAACUUCUCACAGCAGAUGAGCCUCCAGCUGACCUCACGGGUCCCUCAGAGGAAGAGGUGGCAGCGCUCGAGGCCAACACACCCAUUCGCUCAUAUGUUGUGACCAUAAUGGAGCCAACUCUAGUGCUACAUGCAGCUCAGCAUGUGCAGAUCAACAUGAAAACUAUCUUGAAUGCAAAACGUAGAAAGAAAAACCAGAAAGCAAGUGCUGAACUUUGCAUGGCUCGAGUCCUGCCUGUACCAAGUCUGCGGGUGAAGUUGUCCCGCUUGGAUAUAGAAUGGACGAAGCCCAUGUACCCAAAGAGACUGGUGUCAGCGGCCUGUAUGUUGAGACCUCCUUCUCCGACCAUGCUGCAUAACUGCCACUCGCACUUGUCGUUCACUGCCCACAACCUCUGCCUUGGUGUCCAGUACCAGACGAAUGUGGUGCCGUUGCUCCAGGGUUUCUCGCCCUCCCUCUACUGCAAAAGCCUCCUCCUACCCUCGUACUGGUCUUCGCCCCAUCAGCCCAGGGAUGAGUACUUCUUUCAAGCAGAUUCCUUAUGUGUGGAAAGCAGUGCACCCCAGUUGCUGCUGUUGUAUCGUCUUCUUAUGUCAUGGUAUGACAUUGAUCCACAGCCUGAGGUUCUUCAUCAGGAUUCUUUGGUGGACGAUGCUCUUGCAACCAAGAAAAUGCAUGUUCUUACUGUGAAGGUCCAUCAUAUUGAGGCUAAGUCGUGUGACACUCCAUCCUUAUGCGGCUUCAUGGGAACUGUUGGAGGUAUCAACAUGGGCUUGAAGAAGAUGCAUGGCGACUUCUUGUGUCUUCUUCUGUCUGGUCCUGAAGAUAAGACAGGCCUGGAGGUCUUGUUACCUGAGACUGUGUCUGUCACCGAUAAAUUGUUGAAAGUUGCCCUCCAGUUUCCCAAGGAUAACUGUAAUGAGAGUGUACCAAGCAUCCUGACAGUGGGCAUGAAGAAAGUAGCCUUUCUGUUUGAUCCCCUUCUGAUCCAAUGGCUGAAAUACUCCCCCAAGAAGAUUGAAUCAGAUGUUUUGAUGGAGAUGGUGUUCCUUAAAAAAAUCUCUGAAGUACGGGAGAUUGUGAAGCCACAGAGGAAGCCUUCGGAAACAGAAUCAGAGGCCACCAAGGUAGAAUCCUCCAAUGCCACACUCUCUGAAGCCAAGACCGGAAGCAAGCUGUUUGUUCCCCAAGAAUCUCAAGUUCAAAACGUUCAGAAGUCAUGGAAGGAGAAGUUUGUGGAGUGGUACCCAAUUCUCAGUAGGCUCCUCAUUCACGUAGAUUUGGACACUGCAACAUUGUUUCUUUCUUCUUCUCCUCUGAGCAUCGCUUCAGAGUCUGGUCUAGUCAAUGCUGUCCAUCGCACAUAUUUGACUCGUAGUGAGAGAGGAAUGCUCGGAGAUACUGUGGUGCUCUGCCUGCCUCACCUGGUCCUUCACAAUGCUGCACAGAAGCAAAGUCUCCUGCACAAUGUACAUGAUGUACCUGUUAUACUGCCAUCAGAAAUAUGGGCAACAGGCCGAGACAAAUUGCCUUGGUCUCUGAGUCUUGCUGGCUUCAGUGUGUACAGCCUUCAGGGAUCUGGCCAACAUGUGAAGCUGCAAGUUCUGAAACCUGUUAAUACAACUGCUACACUUGCCAUUUCUACUGUGUAUCAGGGACCAUCUCUCAACCAGCUUGGCCUUGUCAUACACACUGACAUGUCCCCCCUGGAUUUCUAUGGAAGCCGCUGCCAGGUUGUAGGGCAUGUCACAAUUGUAGAGAACUUGCUCAGCCUUGCCUCGCUAUUCAUGGAUACAUUGCAGGAAGAGACCUCUUCCACAUCAUCAACGCCGGCCCCUCCCCCUCCUGUGAUGGAAGCCUCCUCCGUGCCCACCACUCACCCACCUCACCAGCAGUCAACACCAACAUCAGCUGUACAACAGCCAUCCACACAGCAGUCUAACCUUACACAGCAGUCACCCCCAAAACAGCUUCACCACAGUAGCUCUGACCCCAACACACUGAUGGUGACUGAGGUGGAGGAGGUUGAGGAAGAGAGAGUCCAAGUGGUGAGUGAGGCAGAGGUGCAAACAAACACAGGCCCCAUAGUCACUGUGUGGGUGCAGUGGACAGUGGCAAGAGUGUCAGCCUCACUCUAUGCAAACAGUGGGCCUGAGCAGAGAAAGCUUCGGGCAGAGUUGGAGGACCUGACAACAGCCUUAGAUCUUCAUAAAGUAUAUUCUAAGGCUAAAGUUAAGGUUACAUCUGUCAGUAUUCUCCACUUCACAAGAAGGAAUAAUUCAUGGGUAGCUGGUGAACAUGAAGGUGUUGUCAUGACUUGUGGAGACCAGCUGACUCAUGACCUCAAGGUUAUCAACCCUCGAAAUGGCACGGUAGACCCACACUAUCACUGUGGCAGGACCAACAACAUACCAACCGAGCAGCCCAAACAGCAUGGAUUUGUUUCACUGACUGUCACAACAGCUCUAUGCAAGAAUAUACAGUCAUGUUGGAACUCACUGAUCAAGAAGCACUUAAAUGAAGAUAGGGCUCUACCAAGUGACAGAAAUGCAGACCACUAUUUAAGUGAAGUAGACAUACGUGUUCAACCGUUUGACUGCGUCUGUUUCCCUGCUUCCUUGCAUAUUUUUGCUUCGGUGUAUGAUCCUUGGUUGCAGCUGCAGGUUCCCAAGCAGCUCAUCCAGAAAGGUAGGACCAUCUCCAAAGAACCAGUGGGUAUGAACCUGAACAAUCAUACACUGCCACUGAUCUACCUCCACACGGAAAGCAUCCGUCUGUUUCUCCCUGCUCGUGACACCUCUAGUGAGGAUUCCUCAGUUCACAAUAUGUUCCUGGUUCAGCUUGACUCUACUGUGAUCACUCCUCAAGUAGACAACCCUUUGUCGCGAAUCAUGAUAAGACCUGACAUCUUCCACAUGGCAGAGAGAGCUAGAAUACUGGGUGUUCCAGGAUCAGACGUUGAGGAUCGGCAGUACCAAAUUGACCUUGUUGGGUUUAGUGUUAGUACAGGAUCCUGGUAUGACCUGGUGAGUGUGAAGGGAGGACGACCUAGGAGUUCUUCUGGUGAACGGUUGCGAGUUAUGGGGGAGAAUCCAGCUUUAGAGUGGAACAAUUAUGAUCCAACACAAGAUAACAAAGAUACAGACAUUAUUCUUCAUCCAUUCAUUGCAAGAUUUGACAGCAGAAUUAUUGCAGCUCCAGCCAUCGUUUAUCGAGGAGUUGAAGGAGAGGAUGGGGUGUCAUCCCCUACUUUGGUGGCAGGUCAUUCGCUAGAAAUAAAUGCCACUUCAGAUAUUGACCUCCAUAUAAGUCUGCCACAGAUCUGUCUCCUUCAGGAUAUUGUUGAGGAUACGACAAGACUGAUAACCCAGAUGAUAGCAAGUGGCAGACAAGGCCAAGCUUCACAGAUGCCAUUGGACAUCCAGGACAGUGGCGUGGACUGUGACAUAUCAUCAGUAGAACUCUCAAAAGGAAUGGCUAGCCAGAAGUCCACGGGAAGCAGUGGCUCCUGGUCGUUUGUGCCACUGGAACUGCUGGUCACAGGAGGGAAGAUAACUGCCAGCAUCUUUGACCGAGGAAUUCUAGAAGAGGGGCAAAAAUUGAGUGUGAAGGGUUGGCAGCGCAGUAAGUUGGAGCAAAGAGCCAAAAAGAGGGAGCGUGAGCUAGUGGCUGAGGCCGCAUCAACAGAGUCAGAGCCCUCACCCAAGAGGUUGCCACAGACCCGCCAGAGGACAUUACCUCGGGACACUGGAGUGGAAACGCCAUCAGAAAAGGAGGUGGAAGAUGGGUAUGAGGGCUCAGAGGAAGGAUCAGUGUGUGAGGGGGGAGGAGUGAACCUCACUCAGCCACGCAUUCGACCCCUUCUGUAUGUGGUGGUGUCCCAGCCUCAUGCGUUCUUAUCUUGUCAGCCACUAAAACAAAAGCUGGACAUAUCUUGCUUCAACUUCAUACUGCGAAGUGUUCCAAAAGGGUUUUCUGUGAAAGCCACCGAAGCCAAACAGCUGCCAAGUGCAGAGGACUACACAACAUCAUGGCUCGAGACACGGCCAGGGGAUCCACACCUCAAAACAGGCAUUCCUCCUGCUCUGUUAGUGAUUUCUGCUACUGAUUUCCUACACAAGCCUGCAUGCAUAAAUAUUGAAGUUGGAAGGCCAGUACGCCUCUACCUAAGUGAGAGUCGUUGGCAGCAAGUGAUCCAUGUUAUGAACAGCUUGUCUAAAGUCACUCCAGUGCUGGGGGUGAUCUCCUCUCCGGACACAAAACCAGCUCCAAAGCCAGACAGCUCCUUGGACUCCCAAGAGGCUUCUUCUCCAGAGAUUCUGCGUCAGGCCCUGUCCAACUUUGACAGCAUAUCAGUGGUGACAAACCAGGUUGUGGUCAACUGUGAAGUGAUGAAGCCACACAAAGCCAAGACAGAACUUCACUGUAGCAUUUCUGGAAUAAAGUUCUGUACCUCUACCACCCGCAAAAGAGCAUCCCAGCCCCAGGAUCCAAGACUGGAUGUCAUCUCAGAAAUCACCAUCAAUGCAGAUAUCCUAGAUUUGCACAUGAAAACUAUCUAUCAUUCUCAAAAACUUCAAACUUUCCUUAAGCCAUGGACAGUAUCUGGGGAACUGAAGCUGCUAUGGCUCCAGUGGAGUACUCAGCCUUAUGUAGAAAUAAGAAUUGAUACAGAAACCAUCAUGGUGGACUUGGGCCCAGAACAUUUGUUUUGCUUCAUGGACCUAUGGCAGCACAUAUCAACAUUCAUGAACAGUGAAAGUGAAGAAAUAAAAGAGGUGAAGCAGGUCAAGCCACCCAAGAAGGAAGACCAUCCUCAUGACAUUCUGUACCAGGAUGACUUACGAGCCGGGAUCUUCCAGUACGUGAGUCUAGCACUUGAGGAUCCCAAGCCUUACCAAGUUGUGUUUGACAAGAUGGCAGGGACCAUGGUCUGGUGCUACCCAGAACCUCGGACACUGACCAGAGUUGACAUUUAUCCUGUUCCAUUUGUUGCUGCUUCUGAGUUCAGCACAAUGGCAGAUGCCCAAGACAAAGAUCAAGUCUUGUGCGCCCUUCAGUACUUUGAUUCACUGCGUGACACUUUCAUAACAUAUCGUCAGUUCCAGUUAUCAGAAUCAAAGUUCUGUCAGUUGGACCUGCCAAGUUUCUAUGAAAAACAGCAUAUUGCAGUGUCAUCUAUGUGGAGGGUGUGCAUAGAUUUCCGGGAAGAAGAUAGUGACUCACAUGAUGGAAAAAUCAUAGUGUCCCCAGGAGCCUUGGCUGCAUGCAUGAGGGUAGAUUCUAUGUUUUCUGUGGACUUGUUGCCUAGAACUCAAGCGGUGGUGUCUGUUGGGCAGGCACAGGUAACUCUUUACAAUCAUCUUGCCCUGACUGGGAACAAGCUGCCCAAAGAGCUGAGAUUUUUCACUUUAGAUAGGUUAGCACCUGAAGAACAACCCUUCCUUACCUUUACCUUAGAGAAUGCAUUUAUGCGCACAUAUUCUUGGGCCUCAGCAGCUCACAUACAGGUAGGGGGAUCCGUGCGAACUGAUGUGCUUAGCUACAGCUUCUUAACCAACAGUUGUCUUCUGGAACCAACAUUUAUUGAAGCUAGUCUUGUCACCCAAGAUGCUGAGGGACCAGAUAAACCUAACUGCAUUGACUCCAUAGUCACAGUCAAACCAAUGUUCAUCCAUGUGAACCAGUCCAUUAUCCACACACUGAACGUCGCCUAUGAGAGUUGGCUGCAGGUGUCAGCCACAGUUUCGGAUGUAGCAUGUGGACCAAACUUGGCCCUCCUCAAGAAAUCCCCUGUGAUAUAUAUGACCAAUUAUCUCAUAUGCAAUGAUACACUGGAGACUAUUAGGUUUGGGCAAGUAGGGACAGAUGAGAAUAUACUCCUUGGCUCCAGAGGAAUCCACCUGUAUUCCUGGAGGAGUCACAAAUAUCCACCAUUACUGCAUGUGUGCGUGGAGGGAGGCAAGUGGAAAUGGUGUGACCCAUUCAUGCUAGAUACAGAAGGAUAUCAGGUACGCACAAUUCACCAUGAAAAUUACCACAUUCACUUCCUGGUAGCCCUAGAGAACUUGUCACCAACCCAGAAGCUUGUCACAUUCUCAGGACUGCUUUCCAUAGCCAACUGCCUCAAUGAACAUUUAGAAUUCAGGAUCAUUGAACCAGGCAAGGAAAAAGAUUCACCCAAGCAUGCAGCCACCCACAUGCUUCAAAGCAAGUUUGUAGCCCCAUCCUACAUCGGUGAGGCCCAUGGAAUACGAGUCCGAUUGAUGGGAAACCAGACAAUAUGGUCAGGGGAGAUUCCUUUGUCAUACGAGCGGACAAAGGACUCCCUCCUGGUGAAGAUUCCGUUGAAGAUGAAGGGAGAGAGCCUCAUUUCAUGGUGUCGUGUGCUGAGGCAGAGAGUAGGCUCUGUGUGGAGACUCCUGGUGGUGUUCAGCCCACAGUACAUGGUCAGGUCCCAUCUUCCUCGUCCCCUGAUUCUUCAUGUCAACACUCCAAGCAAUCACACUUCACAUCAGGUUGUGGUGAAGGGGCGUGGAAAAACACAUACGCUACAGUGCGAUGGUGGCAUCACACAUCAGUUGACAUUCCAACUAAACCCAGAGUUAGAGGUUUCAAGUCCACCCAUUCCCCUUUCAAGAGCUAUGGCUGACCAGAUGCGACUAUCUCAUUCUCAAGAACCUGUGGACAUAGCACAGUACCUUCAGAAUCUAUUUGACGGCCCAGAAGAACGUUGGCCAUAUGUAGAUACUUCCAACUUCAUGGGGGAUGUUCUCUUUGCUGAUCAGCCUAAGAUUGACCUGCAGGUUGGAUUCUCUGGUAUCUACUCUCAGUGCAACACUCUCUUGGUGGAUAUAAGACCUUGGGCUCUUAUGAUCAACCACUCAGGAAUAGAAAUUGCUUUGCGUGAACAUGAGUCAACAAGCUGCUGGUUUGUGCCCCCUGGUGCUGUGUUUGCUCCUCCCAAGCUAGACGGACUUUUUACUAUUGGGGUAGUUGAUAAUGAUCAGCAGUACCACACUGUGCCAUUGCAGUUGUCCAAAGAAGACAGGUGGUACAGCCUCAAAUUUGAAGGAAGGAUACCACGUGAAGGUUUUACUAAUUUGCGCAUCUUGACGCAAGAUAAGGUAUACUUGAUCACAGUAUUGUCCAGUUAUGAAGAGAACAUACAGAUCUUACACCUCCUUCCCACUUACUCCAUCACCAACAACACCCAAGAGGAACUGACCAUCCGCUCAAUGUAUGUCUAUGCUGGUGACAUCAAGGUGCAGCUCCCAGUGUCUCUGCCAGCCCUGGACUUAGCAUCAAAACCAGCUACGGCAGAGCUGAAAGAAGUCCCCCUCCUAAUGUGGCACAUUCUUAAGGAUCCUGGUGCUUCCAGUUCAGAUGAGGAACUUUGCUGCAUACAGAUAGGUCAGAACGGAUAUCAGGCACAUCCAGUGGUGGUGAGGGACAAUCCCCCAGAUCAGAGAAUGACUUUCACACUGCCAGAUAACCAAGAGAGCCCAAUUCUGAAUCGGUCCUUCUUGGUGACUUCCCACAAGUAUCAAGGACAGACAAAGAUGGUGGUCCAAGAAGAUCCUUCACCACAGAUGAUAAUACACAACAACACCAAAGCUUUACUCAUAUUAGGCCAGAGUUCAACCAAAGAAGAUGGGAUCAUGGAAGAGGAAUUGGACAUGUUUGCAGCAAUGCCAUCAGUUCCACCCAACAAAGCCGUCCACUACACUUUCCCUUACAUCUCUCAAAGGUUCCCAAAUAUUGUGUCAAACAAUGUCGCAUACCCACGCCUGCAUUUCUCACAGCCUGAUGUUCUCAAUAAUGCAGAAUCUGAGGAGGUUUUGUGGAGUCAGGGAGUGGACAUCCAGCAGCAUUAUGAUCAGUUUGUGAGCAUUCCUGGUCAUGGAGAUGUGAAAGUCCGUAUUGAGAAGGUGGGUCACACAGUCCACGUGUUUAUCGACCCUGUCAGCAGAGUGGAGGUCUCUGCUAGGGACAUCAGGAGCCGGAUAGCUGCAGAGCCAUCCAAGGGGCGAGUGGCCACUUCCUCAAACAAGGGCAGGGUUGUGAAGGAAAAGGAGGGCCUUGUCUUUGAAGAGGAACAUGCCAACCCCCCAGACGUCCCUGCCACUCCAGACGAGCAACCCCAAAGAGAAAUAGGAAACACAGAAGAGAAAAAGGCUUCCUCUGACACUGUUGCCCCCCUCAAAGAAAAGAACAGUAAAGCAACUAUGGUUGUGUAUUGCUCCUUCAUGUGCACGCAAGUGGUGCUGGUCCUAAAGGAUGAUGUCAGUGACCAAGAGAACAUCUCAGAGAUUAUGAGAGUUACACUAGAUAACUUUAUUGUUAGUUUGAGGCCUAAAAUUGACUUGUCAGAGAAGCUUCGUGCCCUGGACUACUGUGUAAAGGAGCGAGUUGAGCUCAUACUAUUUGUUGGUGAUGCCCAAAUUGACAAUCAACUCUUUGUUGUAGGCAAAUACGACUUUCCAGUGAUACUUAUUCGACAGGAUCCAGAAUCUGCUCCCAGAAUCUCACCAUUAGACCCCAUUGAAAGAGCAAUUCAGAUUUCUCACAACAAUGCACUCUACACCAUGUCCCUGGUACUUGAACGGUCCCCAACAAAGAUGUGCAUACAUUCCGUCCACAUGAGGUUAAAGCCUAUAACCCUUUAUGCUGAGGAUGCAGUGUUCUAUUCCCUCAUGGAUAUUCUCGCCUCAUUUCUUCCUGCCUCUAAGCACAAAGUUUCAAAUAUGAUUGCAGAAAAGGAAGAGAAUGAAGAGGAGGAAAACUUGCCUAUUGUCAUGAAAUUGCCCCAAGAAGUCCUUGUCAAGUCCAAUGCUAUGACACACCCCAUCCAUAUGAGUCACCUGAUCAUUGACCCAAUUUCCAUUUUGUUAAGUGUCCAUGCCUCAGUCAAGCUAUACAUAGCUCUGGAUCAGUCACCACUCAGCUUUGGGGGAUUCCAGCGUACGGACAUUAUGACGACAAGUUACAGUUUGGGUCAUAAUCUCACUAUGCACUUCUUGUCUGGAGCACUCAUAAGAGCUGGCUGGGUUGUUGGAUCUCUGGACCUGCUGGGAAAUCCUGGAGGAUUCGCCAGGACUGUUGGGUCUGGUAUCAAGGACUUUGUGCAACUUCCUUAUGAAGGGAUCCUUCAAGGUCCCUGGGCAUUCAUAGCUGGUGUGACACACGGCUCUAUGUCUUUGGUCAAACACCUUACGGCAGGAACUGUUGUAUCCCUCACAAAUCUGGCAAGUUCUGUGGCUCGCAACAUGGAGCGGCUGUCAUUGGACCAAGACCAUGCUGCUCGCAGUGAAGCAUGGCGACGCUACCAACCAUCGGGCCUUGCGCAUGGGCUGAUGCAGGGAUUGUCUGCCUUUGGAAUAUCUCUACUGGGUGCUAUUGGAGGACUAGCACACCAACCCAUGCAAGCUCUGAUGAAUGAUGGGCUGACAGCAAAGAGUGUGGUUGGCGGUGUGGGCAAGGGGCUGGUGGGCAUUGUCACAAAGCCCAUAGGAGGCGCUGCUGACCUUCUGGUUCACACAGGCCAGGGAUUACUUCAGGGCGCAGGCUGGCAUCGUGAGCAAGUCCCUCGUUUCCCCCCACUCGUGGAACCGCACUGCAUGGAGGUCAACGCUCCACUGAAGCUGGUGUGGAAGUUUGUCGCUGCGCUGCCCCAGGAGUGCCAGGCUGUGUUGGCUGCGGUUGAUGCAACACAUCUGACAACUGCAGGCACUUACACUCCUGUCACUGUGCUACUGACUCCUCAGGUGCUCUUCAUCUUGAGUGUGGAAGAGGAUGCCCAACAGCAUGCACUGCCUUUGGCUGAGGUCACAUGGCGCCCUCACCCUAAUGACCCAACUCUCUUCUACAUUGAGAAAGUUCAGCCUGAGCCCAAGCCACAGAAUUCAGAUAUGGAGCCAGUCAGUGGUUGCCCAGAGCGAGUGGCAGACUAUGUCAGAAGCACCUGCAGCGAAGGCAUGGACGCCGGGCUUGACUCUUCGGCAGCCUCCUCGGAAGAAGGGGACCAUCCGUCUGGCAACCCCCCUCGUAUCAAGCUCUACGUGUCACCCCGCCUCAGACCCUCUGUGUUGUCUGCCAUCAACAUCGCAGCACGAGCUAGUCAGGGUAGAGGGUUUAUCGUGUGAUAGUUUCAAAGGAGAAUGGUUGUUGCUUUGUUUAACGAUGAAUCUGGUGUGGGGUUUAGAAAUGCUGUUGAUUUACAGUGAUUUUGAUGGGUGUGCAUUUGACUGGUCACUUUUUUUUUUUUUUUUUUUUUUUUUUUUUCAUAUUUAAUAGAUGCACUUAAUUUAGGGUAGAAGAAAGCAAUCACAUUCUUCUUUACUCAUCUUACUUUUCAUUUUCAUGUGAAAGCAGUAUUUUUUUCUUUUCUUUUCAUUGUUAAUUUGUUUUUCACUUUAGAGAUAUGUGUAUCUAGGUUCCCACCAUUUAUGUAGUUGUUUUGGCCUUCACAGAUGUACAGAAGACUACAUAUAGUUGUUGCUACUGUAGUGAAAGCAUGGAUAAGAGUUCCUUACUCCUUUGUAUUUAUUAUUUUACUAAAUUUAGGAGCAAAAGCUUGUAAUGAGGUCUUUAUAAUUGAUGUUUAAAAUAAGCUGUAAGAAAGAAAGCAAUUUAGAUAUAUGAUGGGCAGCACAUUGCAAUUGUGAUUGAUCUUGUAGUCGAUGUCCAUGUGUAAGUAAGUACCUUCUCCUUCCAUCCAUUUUAACCAUCCAUUCAUAUUCAGGUCAACUCAUCAAAAGGGAAAGGUUGGCAAUGUAGUCUCCUUCCCUCAUGCGCUGCCUCUUGAUUUGUGGGAGAUGGGAGAGGCAGCUGACUAUGUAUCUUGAUGUUCACUGCUUUCAUGUUUGUUUUGUUUUUUACCCCUACUUCUCUUUGCAUAUAAGGUAUAAAUGAGAAUUAAUAUCUUCAGAAUGCAAGAGACGUGUUUUUGACCGGUUUUGAUUAUGUCUUCGUCAGAAAUGCGAAUACACAUUCUGACAAAAAUAGAAUUGACACCAAAUGCAUCUUCUACUGUGAAGAUAUUCAUUCUCAUUCAUACGUUUUCUACAUUUGUUGCUUUGAACACUGUUUAUCUUUCUUCUUCCCUCUUAUUACUGUAGUUGUUUCUUCCAGAUUUGAAAACAAUCAUUUGAAAGAGAAUAUUUUUCUUUAUGCUUACAGAAGUUGGCUAUUCUUUUAUGUUUGUUUAAGUGAUAAUUCUGUCGGUGUUAUAAAUGUACAGGAGCUAAGUAUUUGUCAUGGAAAUAGAGCAGCUCCUCUGUAGAAGGUAGUGAGUGAGCUUACAUGAUACACUCCAAAGGUUUGGGAUUAAAUUAGCCCUAGAGAGUUUAUGAGGACUUUUGUUCAUAGUCCAGCUCUCAGUUGAAAAUUAGUUACCUUUGAUCUAAUGUUAUUCAGAUUUCAAAUAGUUUAGAUGUAUUGAGCAUUCUGGGAAAGUGAAGGUUGAUUCUAAGGUAAAGGUUGAAACAGAAUGGUAUAGAAUGAUCCAUACACCUUUUUAUAUGAAAAAUAGAUAAAUGAAGAGGGAUUAUUUGUUUGAGAAGAAAAUCUUUACGAGUAUUGAGAACAUUUGCACCAGACUUUGGGUCGGAGCAGGUAACUUUUCCAAACACUAUCUGACCUAAUAUAGAAUGCCCAGCCAUCUUAUGGUAUGAUUGUCUAUCAGGAUGUAAUUUUAUAGAAUUAAUUCAAUGGGUAUAUGCAAAAAGAAGACAUAUAUACAUGUUUAACUGUGAUUUAUAUAAUGUGUAAGGUGAGAUUGUCUCUUGCUCAGAAAUACUUUGACUAGCAUGACAGAUCAGUGCACAAGAUAUGCCUCCUUUGGGCAUUAAUUAUAAAGGUGUUUAAUGCUCUUCCUGUAGAAUGUAUGAAAUAUUUAUUAUAUUUUAUAUACAUCUUUUUAAAAUGUGCUGUGUAUUUUGUAAUUACUCAUGUUAUAUGGAAUGGAUAUAUAUGAAAAAAGUGUUUAAACAGUGUUAAAUAGAUACUUUUAUGACAAUUAAUAAUAGAGGAUAUACAGUAAUUUAUUACUUUUUAUAUAUAUAUAUAAAGUGUAUCUGUCUUAGAAGUCAAGAAAGCAAUUAAGAAUAGUAUCAGUAUUUUUCUUCUGGAUUGGUACAAUUGAUAAAAUUCUCAUGUUUAUAAGAUUCUGAUCUCUUGAUACAGAGUAUAUUGCAGUAUGAAUGUUUACAGAUGUUCCUUAGAUAAACUUUCUUAUGCCAGUACUGCAACAAUGUUUCAUCAUGUGUGUACACUGAGAGAAAGGCGUUGGUCCAAAUUUCAUAAAUCCUUGGAAUGUUCCAGAUUUUUUUUCUUUUCUUUUCUUUCUUUUUUUCUUUUUUACAUGGUCACAUUUUUUUAGGAUUAGACUAGAUUUGAUUAGGGGUGUGGACUUUCCAAGAAUACAGACUGGGGAAGUAUUUAAGAAGCUAAGCCAAUUUGCAGUCCAAAUUCAUUUUUUCAACUGUCAUGGCUUACUGUAAGGGUGAUACAGGAAAGGAGUACGCAAAUGCAGACUCAGAUCAUAAUCGUAAAAGUCUGGGAUAUGAAAGAUUAUGAAUAUUUAUUAUAUAUAUUUUUUAUUAGCAUUAUUUGUGAACAUACGAUUGCAGUUAUUAUCAGAGGAUUCAUUCCAAAAUUUAGAGGCAUUACCAUAGUUAUAUGCACUGUGUGACACUGAAAACAAUUCACAUCAGUUGUAAGUAAUGUGUUUAAGUGUAUUUGUUUAUUGAUUAUUCAGUGUACCUGCAAAUCUCAAUUUCAUAGUUGUGGCAACAGGAAAGCAACACAUGUUCUUUAAAUUAAUGUUUGAUCAAAUUUGUUGUCACUGUAGGACUAACCGUCUGUGGUGCUUAAGUGUGUUAUUCUGUAUUCACAUAAUUGGGUAUGCCCAUUGGGCAUAAGAUGUUUAGCCUGUCGUUGGUCAAUUUUAACAUGCAUACCAGCUAAGUGGCCAUGCCCAUGGUUGAGUAAACACCAAAUAUGGUCAUACCACACUUCCACCUGCUGAGAGUACCAGCUACUGCCAGUUUUGAAGCCACAUAUCAACUCAGCCAUGUGAGUAAGGGUCAUGGGCACAACCGAUUGUGUAGAUGCUUUAUCCAUUGAAUGUUUGUUUUCAUCUUCCGUAAUAUCAAGGUGUUUGGGAUAUCUUUUGGAUUGUAAUUUUUUUUAUUGUCUCUUUUUUCAAGUUUGAUUUAAAUGCCUUGCUUUAAGCAGUGUAUAAUGGGUCAUUAUCUGAAGAACUUAACCCCAUUAACUUGCACUGCAGACCCUUUCAUGGAUAGUUCAUUGCUAAGAAAGUAGUCAGUGAUAUUGAGAAGAUACAGAGGAACAGUUGUAUAUAAUCUAAUAACAGAACUCUUGCAGAUAUGCUCGAGUUUCGAAAGUGGCAACAUUAAAGGUUUCAUUUAUUUAUUUAUUUACAACAAUCACUGUUCUUGAGAGGAGAAAAUUUGCUUUCUGAUGGAAGGGUUUUAAAUCAUGUUUACAUACCUGUGAUGUACCAAAAUUCCAGUUGAUUUAUAUAAUAUUAGAUGGAUUACAUGUUUGUAUAAUAGUCUUUGUAAAUGGUAUAAGAAUUAAUUUGAUUUUUUUUAUUUAUCAUAUCUUGCACUUGUGUUGGACUUGGAAUAAAAUAUAAAGUGAUUGAAAAUUGUUUAGCUUCGCAACUACCUUUCCAAAGGCAUGAAGGUUUUGACUUUUUCACAAGAGAAUUUUCUGCCUUCAAAAUUUUUCUUCUAUUCUAUCGCAAUACAGAUGCAGCCAGAUCAGUGGGCAUCAGAUUUUUGUUUGCUUGUUUGUUAUAAAACUACUGGUAACCAUUGAUAUAUUUUUCUUCUUUGCUGGACCUCUGACUUCAUAUUGCACUAAGCUGGGUUCUGAGCAAAAAACCUACUGGAUUUCUUCCUUGCACUUCCUGGUUCUCAUUAAUAAUAAUAAUACUAAACAUUUGUGUGCUUCCUUAAAGUUUGAUUUUUGUUUUACAAAUAUUACUGUUGUCAAGGUCUUCAUACACCUUAGAGAUGGGAGAAAGAAUACCAGGACAUUUUAUGAAAAUAUUUAUUUCUCAUAUAAAACUGAUUAUACUGCAAUUCAACUUCCCAACUCCACAUGGUGGAUAAAUAUACAUUUAAUAUCACAGACACAUGGGUAUACUUUUAGAAUAUAACAAAAACCUUUUUUUUCAAAAUGAAUAACCUAUUUUUGCCCAUUGAAAAUAUACUAUAAAUAUAUAUACACAACACACUUUUUCACAAAACUCAAAAUAAAUCACAAUCUGAUAUAUAUAUUGUAAUUUCCAUCCUUCAGUAAUCACAUAAAUGGAAGACCAUUUAACAAAAACUGAACAUUCUACACAACAGACAUAUAGGGAAAAGAAAAAACAAAAACAAAUAAUACUUGAAAAUAAAGGAAGAAUACAUAGAGAAAAAAUAAUAACGUGCAGUUUUCAGCAAAUAGAAAAAUGCAAGUGGGGUACCAAUUCCUUUACAUGAGGUGUCGUACACUAUAUACUAGAGGAAAAUAAUAAGACCUAUCCUUGUUGGCGCACUCAUCAUGCCAGUCAAUAUCAUGAAAACUGAGUAUAUACACACAUUUGAUAAGGAUGUUAAGUGCCAUUAUCAAGUAAAAAUAGUCACACAACAAUAACUUAAUCAUGACUGAAUACAGGAUGAUAAUGUAACACACACCCAUACAAAGAAAGUUGAUUAUAACCGUAAAACAA